UGAAAAUUCAGACAGGUUUGGCAAAUACAAAUAUGAAAUUAUCCGUUUUGUUUAUCGUGAUGCAGUUGCUGGUGCUGCUGGCUGCACAGGCGAUUGACCUUUCGCCGCCGCCGCAGCAGCAGCAGCAGCAGCAGGGUGCAGAUGUGGCAGCCAGCUUAAAGGAGCUGCAAGGGGAGAUGGCGCAUCCAUUGGGCAGCCAGUGCAUCAGCGAUUGCCUCGCCGAGAAGGGCAACCUAGUGCCGGAUCAACUGGGUGAAUGUCAGCAGGUCGAGCAGCAGUUCGACUGUACACUGUACUGCAUGUUUGAUGUAGAGCCGCGCUAUUAAGCCAUUAACCGAUAUAGUGCAAAUACGCACAGGCUUGCUGGCCAUUAAACCAAUUAUGGCCAGGACCGUUGCACACUGCUGACAGCAGGCGCAAAUAUUUGGCAUUUACCCGUACCACUGCCUUAUGUGUUUUUCGCCUGACGAGUUUUUGGCGAAAAGUGCCACAUAUCCAAGGACCAGGAUCAGAGGCCAUUUAUCAUCGCCACAUGCGGCGGCAUGACCUUUCCGACGACAUGUGAGUUAAUUAAUCUAACUGGCCAGACGGCCAAGGUCGUGCAUCGCAAUUAAACAUGGCAGCUGAUGAUGAAGGGAAUUUACCUUCGCGACCAGACGCAUAAAUUUCAAUUUGCACCUAUGCAUUUAAAUUGAUGGCGAUGGAGGUCCUGCAGCAGGACCAGCAUGCUGCAUAUGCGAAAUGCGAAUAGUUGUUCGCGCCGCGCUUCAAUGCGCAAUUAGCGGACCAUGGCCCAUAAAUUAUUUGACCCGCCGGCGGGGGAAAAUGGGAAAUGGAAAAUGGCGGACGGAAAUGAAUGCCCAGCAGGGCGAAUAAACAGAUGAGCGUGCAAAAUUCGCCCAGCAAUCCGAAUCCGCUUGGGCCUAAAGUAUGCACUUCAGGUAGUUGGGACAAGGACCAGGCUCAAAAUGCGUAAACGAGAUAACAGGCCCACAGAUAUAUUGUUAUCCAUCACGUGACUGCAGUUGGAAUCACGUGCUCAGUCCAUGUUCAAUGCCGAACUUCCGUAAGCGGGCGCAAUCAAAUUAACCUUGGCUCACGCGGCGUAUGCGCAAUAUUUCAGCCAUUUAAGCCCAGUGCUGUGAUAAAUGCAGCUAAGUGGCUUUGUUUGCUCCCAAUGCGAACAAAUUCGAUCGACGUACAGCGUCUCAUGCAUUUUAAAUAUUCCGCCAAUGCAAAUGCCAAUAAAUCUCGGCUUUUGUCUCGCCCUCAAAGGCAAUGCACCUUUGUUGAAAACUUUUGCCCAGCUCUGGGAUGCUUUAAUUAUGCAGCCAGCAGCAGUCUCAUUAUGCCGAAGUGACAUUUUUCAGCUGGACGCCAGAGUUUUUCGCCGAAAUUGCAAACUUUAUUUUUAUUGCAUUUUU